AAUGGGUAAUUGUGAGACAUCUAACACAGUUAUAGGUGAUCCAUAAUUUUAAUAAAUUGGAAGUGAAGCAUAAGCAAGAAACUUUAGCUCUACUUACAAAAGUGAAUAUGUUGAAGUACAUGGUAAUCUAGCCGUUGUUGAGGAACAAGAAGAAGGAGGUUUAGUUCUUUUGGAUGAACCUGCAAAGGAACAAGACAUAUUAAAAGUAAAAAUUUGUUGUGAUACAAUAUAAACUGUAAAAUAAUUAAUCAACAUUAUAGAGUAUAGGAAUUGGAAUAGUGGAUUUUGAUAUUGUCAAAGAAACUGAUUUUUCAGGAAAUUGUAAUUAUGGAUUAGAUCAUGGAAUGUGGAUUGUUUAUUCUGACAAAUGUAAAUUAAUCAUUUAUAUUUAAGUGGUUGCUGCCUCUAAUGAUGAAGAUCUUGAUAAAAAAUCUCUAGGAAUAGAAGUUAAAUAAGGAGAAAUUAUAGAAUGUAUUAGAAAUGGAAAUGUAUUUUCAAUUAGAAAAGCAGGAGAGAAUAAUAAAUAAAUUAACUUCAAAUUACCUCCUAAUAAAAAUUACAGAUUUGCAGCAUAUUUAUUUAGUGGUUGGGAUAGUAAAGAAGCUAAAGUAUCUGAAGCUAGAAUGGAAACAUUAUGAAA